AUGAGACACAUUUUCUCAGAUACAAGCUCCUCAGGAACAGGAUAUUCAGAAGAGAGAAUUGGGUUGGAGCAGCUAGUGGAGUAUGGAGCACAGACGCCAGAGCAAUAUGAACAAGGUGAUCUAAAGAUGUCCUUAAUCUUUAGCCCUGAAUUAAGCCAAGAAUAUUCUAGAUGUCGUUCCGGAACAAACUCAUCAACGAGUUCCACUUCAGGUGAGUAUUCGCGUAAGAGUUACGAAUACUCUACAGACGAGAGUUCUGCCAGAAGCAUCUCCACAAAGCACACCGAAGCCAGGCCCAAACGCCACGUCUCGUUUGAGCUUCCUGAAAUUGAGGAGUCAGAGGAGUCGGAAAAUGGCUCCGCCGAAUACUGCGAGAUUUCCUUUGAAGAGCCCGAAAACCCAGGUUGGCAAACAAUUCCUGGAUGUGACAGCCAGACAGCCAGUCUGGCAGAGUCAAGCAACUAUUCGCCAACUCCAUCUGUUUGUCCAAGCAAUGAUCCAGAUUUCAACUACGAGACUGAUUUAACCCAGAAUACCACGAAUCUGUAUCUUGAUGAUUCUGGCGAUGGAACCGUCUUGGGUGAUAAUAACAUCCUGUCAAAGUUGUGUGGAGAACCUAAUAAAGAAGAACGAGAAACUCCAAAACAGAUUGAAAUUGGCCCCAUAAGUCUCCAGAAGUAUCUUUUGAGUAGGUCAGAUCCAAUAUUCAGCGAUUCAGCGCUCAAUUCGAUAUACGAUUUUGCCGAUAGAGAAGCCGCACCAGCUAUAUUGGCACAUAUGACGCUGCAAGCGAAGGAAGAGCUGUAUAGGACUCUUUGUGAGGAAACGAACGGAAAAGAUUAUAUGAAUGAGUACUUGGGUCAAACAUCGCCAACUUCCUCAUCGAUUCCAAGAAACUAUUCAGAAGAUUAUCAGCGAUUUCGCCCAGUACAUCAACUUUUCAUCCUCUUGGCGUGCCAUCUCUACACUAACUUUUCGGCUAUGCACCCCGAUAACGAUGUGCCCAUAUUCGCCGACAUCUUAGCAAAAAGUUACUAUUUUGACAGCGAUCAUGUGGCGAUGGCACAAUAUAUAAGAUGCUGGGUGGAGAAUUUGUUGGUAAAGCUGGAAUUGGCUAAGAAAGACAGAGCAUGA